CUAGAGACAUACAGACAGUUCAUCUGAAGCUUCUAACGGCUGAAACUCCUCCAAAAUUAGCAAACGCAGCUCACUCUACCGGUCAUUCUCUUCCUUCCUCUAUAACAUGCGCCGGUAGUGCACCUUCCACACCCACCAUUACAAACCCCAAGCUUCGAUAAAACAUCCCUCCGCCUCUGAGCUCUUACCCGCCACCCACCGGCGCAUGUUAGAAUUCCCCCCCUUCCUCUAUAUAAAAAAGAACUGAAACUUCAACGACUCCCUCUAACUGGAAAUGUCUGCCUCCGAAACUCCCGACCGAAAACCGUCGCCGAUUCCAUCUGACCCGAGGCCCUCGGAAUCUGACUUACUCGCCGGAAACCUCACUGAGGGCCCGUCCGACCCCGAGCCGGAAUCUGACGCCCGCGCGUCAUCCAACGUCCCCGACGGAAAAGCCCCAUUCGAAGCUAUGGCGGGCAAAGAAGCAGCAGCAGCAGAAGGAGAAAAACGCCAGGCGAAGAAUUUGUUUGUGAAGUCAGAAAGCGUCGAAGAUCGCUCGCCACCUACUCCUCCGCCUCCGCCGCGGAAAGAUCUGUUUGUGGAAGCAGACGUGAAGCUCGAGCCGGGUCUAGGGGUUGAUAGUUCCGUCGACAGAGGCGUACGGACCCCGCCCGCCGCCGAGGAGGCCUCAGAGGAGCCGAAGAGGGGAUUUGAGCUGGCGGUCGUCCCGUCAUCGACGCCGGAUUGGUUGCCGCCUGGGUGGCUGACGGAGGUCAAGGUCAGGACCUCUGGUGUGACCGCAGGAACGAAAGAUAAGUAUUUUUAUGAUCCUGUUUCACGCCGCCGUUUCCGCUCGAAGAAAGAGGUGUUCAGCUUUCUAGAGACGGGAAAACUUGGAAGAUACAAGUCUAAAACAAAGAUUGGUGAAUCUGAUGCGAACAAUAUGCUGAUAACAAAUACCAACAAUACGCCUAAAACAAAGACUGGUGAAUCCGUUGCAAACAUUACAAAUAAUACACCUUCUCCCAGCUCUAGGCCUCGUAAGCGAGAUCGUUCUAGCUCGAAACAGAAGAAUGCUUCGAGGUUUGAUUUUGUCAACUGUCCAGAAAAGGUGAGAUGGGUUCUUAGCAAUGCUGCUGAAGGGUCAUGGAAGCCCUUCAUCUGUGGCGAGGAGGUGCCGGACUCCAGUGACUCAAAGGAAGCAAAAUGCUUGAAUCUUAUAACAAUGGAAGGUUGGAGCAAAAAUCUGGAGUCUGUUCUUCUGCAGGUCAGUGCAUCCUAUAAAACAUCUCAAUCAAACACCAUAAGAGUACAAAAGGAGGCCUCGAAAGGCAGACGAUGACGAACGAUCAUGAGUUUCUGGAGUUCUUGAAAUCCUUGGAGGAGAACUUUGUAGAAAGGUUUGUCUCUUUAGACAGGUUAGAAAAAAAGAUGGAAUAGUUAAAUGAGUUAUACAAAAUCAAUAAAGGGUUACAUUAUACUGAAA